CGCGAUUGAGUCGUCCAUUGUCAUAUUCUUCAGGACUGAUCAAUUCAGUGUAACCGCUGGUGAAUACCACACGGCUGACAGCGAUUUGACAGCGACAUCAUUCUUACACGGGCUGGCCGACAAUGUCAAUUGAAGACACUUUCUAAACGCCAUCACCUCUGCAAGCGCUUCGAUACCGAUGCGGCGCGCUUCGAAGAAUACAAAAUGUGGUGCUCGAUCAGCGUUUUCGCUCCUCACUCCGCAUGCUGUGACCCCAGGGCGUCCUGUGUUCGAUUUCGCGCUAUGUUUCGAAUGUAUGGAGUCGAGUCACCUUAUAAGUAGGGGGGGAGCUGCAAAGGGUACUGGCCGCUGAUCCAUCCCCUUUGUCUUCCCUAUGCAACUCACACUCUCUCGAAACUCGCCCAUCAAUAGUGUCUACCGCAAUCAAGAUGGGAUGCCCCUCUAUCGAGUGGAAACGCCGUUCAAAUUAGUGGGCAAGACCAGCACAGUUGCGCGCUUCGUGUCUAACUCCGGGACAGCGCAUGACGAGUCCGUAGCCCACGUUCGCAGUGACAACGAGUCAGACACGGACAUCCAUCUUAUGCGGUUGGAGGAGAAGGAAGUCGCACAGAUUCAUUGGCAUAGGUUCGGGAAGACCAUGUUCAAAUUUGGCGAUCACACUGUCUCUGUGGGAACAUAUAUGCCCUAUACAAAUUUGCUAGCCUGGAAACGAGAUUUCACCGCCUCGGACGGCCGUUCGUAUCAGUGGACGUUGGGAAACGAUACCUCUUCCUUGGCACUCAAUGAUGAAAGCAAGACUCCAAUUGCUCGAUUCCAUCAGCGCUCAUAUGGCGUCAUUGGGAAGGCCCACAAAGCAUACCUCGAAAUCUAUCCGGAGGGCGAGGCCAUCGUCGAUGAAAUCAUCACCACAUUCGUAUACGUCGAAACGCGGAGAGAUGAACGAGAAAAGGCAGCGAUAAGUGGCGCCUGACUUAGACUUCAAGCCUCCCCAUCGUUCGAUUGUUAUCGUGCACAGUCCACACUAUUCCCUUUUCUCCUCUUCUAUGAGUCCUUGAUUCUCGUGUUUUUGGUAGCUGCAUUCUGUUGCGAUCGCCAGGUAAAAAGCUCGCGUAUAGCUGCACAUACCCAACACUGCACGGCUAAGACAUCAUAAUCUGUUACAUGCUAUGUGUCAGACUCGGAGAUCUAAAUGUACAGACGUCUAUAUUU